ACAGACUGGGAGGCGUGACCAGAGUACAGAGCACCAGCACUAACUCCCAGGCGCACACAAACACACACCAGAGAGCACAGAACAAAGCUAGAGCCAGGCAGAGCAGCUGUGGGGAGCAAACACACACACACAAAGGAGAUAGAAGACAGGGAAAGGAAAAUCUCUGCCAAUAUGAGGAUCCCUCUACUCUUCUCCUUCUUCUUGUGGAUGCUGUCGGAAGCAGAAGUAAUUCAGCUUACUGAUACUUUUGGUGAAAUCCGGACACCUAAUUUUCCUGACUCUUACCCUAGUGAUUCAGAGGUGACAUGGAACAUCACAGUCCCUGAGGGUUUCCGGCUUAAGCUCUAUUUUAUGCACUUUGAUCUGGAACCAUCUUAUCUGUGCGAGUAUGAUUAUGCCAAGGUGGAGACUGAAGACCAGGUUAUUGCCUCCUUCUGUGGGAAAGAAAGCACCGACACAGAACAAGCUCCGGGCAAACAGAUUAUUACAUCACCUGGUAAUUUCCUGAGCCUCACUUUUCGCUCUGACUUCUCCAAUGAGGAGCGCUUCACAGGCUUCGAUGCUCAUUAUAGCGCAAUAGAUAUAGACGAGUGUACAGAAAAAAAUGAUGAAGACCUGGUUUGUGACCAUCACUGCCACAAUUACAUUGGAGGGUUCUAUUGCUCAUGUAGAUUUGGUUACCUCUUGCACACGGAUAACAGAACAUGCAAAGUGGAAUGCAGUGAUAAUCUUUUUACCCAAAGAAGUGGGUUGAUUUCAAGUCCAGACUAUCCCAGUUCGUAUCCCAAGAGCUCAGACUGCCGCUAUAGGAUUGAGCUAGAAGAAGGCUUUGUAAUAAAUCUGCAUUUUGAUGACAACUUUGAUGUUGAGGACCAUCCGGAAGUCACAUGCCCUUAUGAUUACUUAAAGAUCAAAACUGGGAAAAAAGAAAUUGGUCCACUGUGUGGAGAGAAAUCACCAGGGAGGAUUGAAACCGGAAGCAACAGUGUUCAGAUUCUGUUCCACAGUGACAACUCAGGGGAAAAUGGAGGAUGGAGAUUCUCCUACUCUGUAUCAGGUACUCCAUGCCCAAAUCUGCGUCCACCAAUCAAUGGAAAACUUGAACCUUCUCAGGCUGAAUAUACAUUUAAAGAUCAGGUUGUAAUUAGCUGCAACCAAGGGUACAGAGUGCUGAAGGAUAAUGUUGAGAUGGAGAGUUUCCAGAUUGAAUGUCGAAAAGAUGGAACAUGGAGUAACCAAAUCCCAACGUGUCAAAUUGUUGACUGUAAGACACCAAAGGAGAUAGAGAAUGGAUUCAUCACCUACUCUACAGCAGAAAAUCGUACCACAUUCCAGUCCAGCUUUAACUAUUCCUGCAGGGAACCUUACUACACUAUGGUUCCAAACAUAACAAGUGUGUAUACCUGUGAUGCAAGUGGAGAGUGGAAAAACCAGGAGACUGGAGCAAAGUUUCCUACUUGUCAGCCAGUGUGCGGGUUGCCACGUUUUUCCAGGUCUGCUCUAGCAAGAAUUUCAGGUGGAAAAACAGCCAAGAAAGGAAUCUCCCCCUGGAUUGCAAUGUUUAGUUACUCCCAAAACAAUCAGCCCUUUUGUGGAGGUGCACUGAUCAGCAACAAGUGGAUUGUCACAGCUGCUCACUGUUUGCACCACGAUCCGGGGGCCGAAGACCCUGUUCUAACCCCCAUCAAGUUGUUUGAACUCUCAUCUUUCAACGUUAUAUUAGGGAAACACAGAACCUUAAAAAAGGAUGACACAGAGCAAACAUUCCAACCAAAGAACCUCAUUCUCCAUCCUAACUACAAGCCCAGAACAUUCCAGUUUGACAUAGCCCUCGUGGAACUUUCAGACAAAGCUUUUCUCAAUGAUUAUGUGAUGCCUAUUUGCCUGCCAGAGAAACAAGUCCAACAAGAUGAGUAUGUGAUUGUCAGCGGAUGGGGCAAGCAGUUUCUGAAGCGGUUACCAGAAUCCCUUAUGGAGAUUGAAAUUCCUGUGGUAAACCAUGCUUUAUGCAAGACUGUUUAUCAGACUUUAGAACUGUUAGUGACUGAUGAAAUGAUAUGUGCCGGAUUCAAGGAAGGAGGAAAAGAUGCCUGUUCUGGUGACUCUGGAGGACCAAUGGUGACUCAGAACCAUCUGAACAAUCACUGGUAUCUGGCAGGAACUGUGUCAUGGGGGGUGGGUUGUGGGCAAUAUGAUAAGUAUGGAGUAUAUUCAGAUGUUUACAAGAGCCUGGACUGGAUCAAAGAGAAAAGUAAGGUGCAAUAUUGAUAACUACAGUACUCAUGUAAAUUGUAGGUAGUAUUUGGGAUGCAAAUUAUGGUUCAGAGAUAACUGUUUUCUGUGUUGCAUGUAACUUCUUCUUCAUUAAGUUUGUACUGGCUAUCUGCACAUUGAUAUCAUCACAAGACAUCAUGAUCAGACAUCAUAAUCAGGCUUUCCAAAUCUCAAUAGAAUAUUGAAUGUAAGCAGAUACUGCUCAGCGGUGGUCAUUUGCACACCUGUCUUCCCACACACACCUACUAUGAUACCUCCAGUAAAACCAGCAAAGGAGAGCAAAUUGAAUAUUACAGAAAUGUAUAUAUAUUCAGAGACCACCCUACCCUUCUAAGAGAAAGAGCUUCCAUAUCGCUAUCUAAAUAUCCUUUCUGCAUUGCUUGUUAAUAUGUCUGAACAUAAUCUCAGAUGAGCAAGUGUUACAAAAUAAAUUUAGGGCUGAUUUCUCAACUGCAUUGAAUUUGCUAAGAGAUGCCAAUGGCAAGAAUAUAAUUGACCAAACCAUAUCAAGUCAGGGGCAGCUCAAAUAGAUUCAUGUUGAAGACAUUUAAUUGUUUUGUAACUGACUUUAAACAUAAUAUAUAAUAACUACUGAGACUUUUGCUAUAAUUGCAGUAGACUGAAGAAAGCUGUCUGAUAAAUGUGUGUAAUAGCUUACAGAACUGGUGCAACCUGUGAAUGUUAUUACCUCCCCUAUCGCCUAUCUGUUGCUCUGUACCUGCCAACCAGAAAGUAGUCCUUUACACUGAAGAUGUUUCUUUAAUUUUUCACUGCACAAAUCUACUACUCUGAUAUGUUUGAUGUGCUAAUUGGCCCACUUUUAACCUCCGCCAAAGACAGCUUCACAACUUGGCAUACCUGCUUUAGAUAAUCAGUUGUUCAAAUAAAGAAAAUAUGCAACAAAAUAUGUAUGUAA